AUGAGAAUAAUAAUAAUAUUUUUAAUAAUAAUUUUAAAAUUAAAUAAUUUUUUAAUAAAUUGUCAACAAAUUGAACCAAAAUGUUUUAAAUGUUUAAAAGAAGGUGAAGAAUGUGUUACAGAUGGUUUUAAAAUUGGAUCAUGUUCAGAUGGAUUAAUAUGUGGAUCAGAUCCGAAUAAUGAAUUUGAAAAGUAUGUUUGUAUUCAACCUAAAAGAUAUGGAGAAUCUUGUGUAGAUAGCUCAGUUUGUGAUAUUGGUUUAUUAUGUUCAGAAGCCAAUCAAUGUGAUAAUAUUAGGUUUUCAAGUGUCGGUGAACAGUGUUCAAGGGAUCAAGAUUGUUCACUUGGUGUUGAUAAAGUUUCAUGUAUUGAUGGUUUUUGUAAACUAAAAUCAAAUACAUGUACAUCCGAUAACGAAUGUCAAGGUGGAUUCGCAUGUGUUGAUUCACAAUGUGUUUACUCAAUUCAACUAAAUCAAUCAUGUUCAGGUUCAGAUGUUGCUUGUGAUACACUUGCAUUUUGUUCAGAAUCAACUCAAUUAUGUUCAUUACCAUAUAGUUUAGAUUUAAAUGAAACUUGUACUUUUAAUGAUGAUUUUGAUUAUCAAUGUAAACCAAAUUUAACUUGUUCAAAAAAAGGAACUUGUAUAGAAUCAUUAAAUGAUUCUAAUUCAAUUAAUGAGAAUAAUAGUGAAAAACAAUGUUCAAUAAAUUCAUGUGGUAUUGGUAAAUAUUGUGAUUGUAAUAGUGGAAACUGUUUAAAUGAUACAUACGAUCAUUUUGAACAUCUUACAAGAAAAACUGAAUGUAUCAUUAGAAAUAGAUGUAGAAUGGUUGAAAAUUUUUAUUCAAGAUCAUCAUGUUUCACUAAACAUUGUAAAUAUAUUGAUAUUGAAAUUCAAAAAAAAAAUCCAUGUAAAAAUACAAUCUUUACUGUAACCUAUAGAGAUAUUGAUGAACAACAAUAUCAAAGUAGUAAUUCUUUAAAAUUAUCAAUAAUUUCAUUAACUUUAUUAUUAUUACUAUCAUUGGUAGAAAUAAUAAUACUAUAUUAA